UUUGAAGUCAGUUUAACGACAGUGAUUCUCAUGUAUCAGUUCAGUGUUGCGCAUCUCUUUGAAAAGGUCGUGCAGAGGAACGUUGCACAGGUUGUAAAAUGAUCGUUCUUCUUCAAAUAAUAAUAGCGAUAGCAAAUGGAGUACUAUGUCAAGAUUUUUUGGAUUAUCCUCCUAUAAAUUAUACUGCUGGAGAGAGUUUUGAAGACUGCGAGAGACGUUUCCCAGUCGAUUCAACCGAAUAUUCGGUGGUUCAAGCAGUUGGUGGGGUGAGAGCCUUUCAAGGAGAGUUUCAAUAUAUGGCCGCUAUUGGAUGGACCAGAUCCGAAGCGAGAAUCGAUUAUCUGUGUGGCGGAAGUUUGAUAACAUGGAGAUUUAUCUUGACCGCGGCUCAUUGUGCUGUAGAUGCAAACCACAUACCACCAGAUACCACCCGUUUGGGAGACACGGAUCUCGGCAGCAACGAAGACGAUGAAUUUGCGCAACAGGUUGGAAUUGCUCGUAUCAUCAAACACCCUCAGUAUAAGGAAUCAAAAAAGUACUAUGAUAUUGCGCUUAUCGAACUGCAGCAACAGUUGUGGGGAAACGAAGCAAUAAACCUUGCCUGUGUGUGGCGGGAACAAGACGUUCCUAGUGAGUUGCUCGAAGCGGUGGGCUUUGGCGCACUAGGAUUUGGGGAGAUGUUAAGUCCCACCUUGCAGAAGGUAAAACUUCGAGCACUGGACACGUCAACAUGUGCUGGACGUAUCCCGAUGGAUCGUCGUCGAAUGCCCGAAGGAUUGCGUCCGGAUCAGUUGUGUGCCCACAGUGAGACGAUGGACACUUGUGAAGGCGAUUCAGGAGGUCCGCUUCAAACGGAAUUGCACGACGUGUUUGGCAAUAUAUAUCCCCUUCUGGUAGGUGUUGUAUCAUUCGGAACUCCCUGUACAGAAGGUUCGACGGGAGUCUACACAAGAGUCACCUCGUACUUGGAUUGGAUCGUGAAGGAAGUGAAUCAGUCCCUUAGUUAUGAGGACUGUGUUAGUUGGGGAUAUCGCAAGCAGAAUCCCGCAAUAUCCGCUUCGGUGAUAUCAAACUUUCCAUUCCAACGCGUUGGAUUACUGUGGAAGGAAGAAGAAGCAGACAUCUACCAGUGUGGAGGACUCUUGAUCGACUAUCAGUAUGUUCUCACAUCAGCAGAUUGUGUCACGUCCAGUAAGGGUCCUCCAAAGUUCGUUGCAUCGCACCCAGAUAGGGAUCGUGCCCCGGUUGAGGAUGUGUUUGUUCAUCCUCGGUUUUUGAAAGGAAAACCUUACUUUGACAUCGCCGUUAUAAAGAUACUGAAAUACGCAAACCCAGAGCAAAGCAAACCAGUUUGUCCGUGGAAUGAAAAGCUGUACGGCCAUUGGGCUCAGAAUACACUUCAGUUUGGAGCAACUUUAUCGUUAUUCGUAGAGCUUCAGAGUGACCCAACUCUACGAAGUUAUAUACAUUCAUCGCUGUUCGUUGAUCGAUGUGUUGCUGGCGAAACUGUACCGGAAAACGAUCUAAUCUGCAUAGAACGUAAAGUCUCGUUAAUACCAGGAUUGUGCAAGGUUGAUUAUGGAGGACCCGUUGUGACUGACAUAUAUAUGAAUAACUAUAAAGUUCAUGGUAUAUUGUCCCGAGCCACACAGGGAUGUGACAGUAAUGUUAUCUUUACCAGCCUAGCACCUCACAAACAGUGGUUAGAGUCGAUCAUGUUUAAAAAGCUAAAUGAGCGACUUAUUUUUAGCGAUUAAACGCUUGCAUGGAAAUCGCAUGUAUAAUCUACCUAGUCUUAUCUUUUAUUUAAUUCAAAAUAAACCUUGAAAUUGGAUCAUAUUUCAUUUAA